CAUCUCUCCUUCCGCGCCACCAGCCCCAUCAACCUCUCCCACCAACACUCAUACAUGCCUACUCGCACCUCCACACGCCAACAACUCCUAUGCCGGACGUGUAGCGCUAACCCACGCACCGGCCCUACCGCUAGCACCUCGCCCUAAUAGCAGCAGCGGCGUGUCGGCCGGUGACGCCGGUAGCACACCAGCGGCGUGCCAAUGA